UCCAUUUUCGAUUACCACGAACGACAUGCACGCUUUAUUCCACCGGACAAGUCGGUGGAUUCCUACAAUCUUCCCGAUACGAACAACUCCGCCGCAAUCGAAACCCCUCGAGAGCCCGAGGGUUCAACGGACAUAUCCGUGUUAGAUAGAGCAUUGCAGAUGAAGUUGGCUGAGGUUACGGGAAAACUCAAGGACAUUUGGCCGGAUACCUACCCAACAGAAAAAUUCGCUUGCAGCAAUAAUAAUAUCGUCACAGUCAAACAGUUUAUCGCCUUGUCUACUACCUUCCUGGGCAGCGCCACGGCUGCAAACUGCGACAACAAGUGGAUGCUCGUUCAGAAGGAUACCUUGAGGCAGUCGUACGAAGAGACGAAGGCGAUGCAAAAGGAGGCUAUCGAACUAACGGCCUUUAUGGCUGAGGAAUUUGCGCCCUGGGUAGCGCUGGAAUCUCCCUCCCUGUUUCUCUAUGGAGACGCUCUACUUGAUCGCGCCGCCUUUCACAGGAUCCUGCGGACUAUGCGGAAUGGCCUGAACGAGGAAACCAGGACGCACAACCAGAACAACACCGACUACUAUGAGGAUUUCCGGAAGUGUUUGUUGAAUGUGAAGUUGGAGGCGAGUGUGUGCAAAAGUCUGCGAGAAAAGUGGAUAUCCGAGUUGCAGAAAGUGUCAGCUAGUCCAGACGCCACUAUUGAAGAUGUGUACAGGAAAACCUUUGAGACUUUGCAAAAGGACCAGGAUCGUAAUGGCACUGGAGGCACAGUUAAGGUCUGCGUCUACCUCCGAGAGCAUGAUACCUCUGAAGUUUCCUGCUUUGCAGCUUUUCCGGAGACUGUUGCCGAAGCAGUCAUCGGAACAACCAUAGCAGUAAACACAGAAGCCCCUGUGGCUUUAGCUCUGCGAGAAAGAAGGCCGGCUUUGGGACUGGCCGCUGAAGGCUCUACUCUGGUUCUACCUCUGGUAACACCAAAUGGACGUACCUACGGAGCACUGCAGAUUGAAACAUCGGCAAGAGGCUUUGUGGACUCUGCGGAUUUUAAAUUUUACUUGUGGCGUUGCCAAGUCGAGAGGACAAAAAUUGAAAUUGGAAAUCGUGAGCGACUCAACAUUCUGCACCUUUCAGCCACAUGCCAGGUCCUGGAGGGUGGAACUUUACACCGUUCACCCGUAUUGAUGUACGCAAGAGCAAUUAGGAAACCGCACUACGAACUAGCCACCUGUGGCCGCCGCUAG